UUCAGUCUUCCUGGACCUCCUGUAGUCUACUAUGACCUCCUUUGUUUUGGUGGUGUUCAGGAUGAGGUUGUUCCUGAAGCACCAUUGUGUGAUGUCUCAUCAUUGUUGGAUAUGAGACCCACCACGGGGGUGUCGUCUGCAAACUUUACAACCAUGUUUGUGGGAUGGAUGGCAGAGUGUUCCUGUGUGAAGGGAGUGAAGAGGGCUGGGCAGAGCACACAACCCUGCGGCAUUCCGGUGUUGAGGAUCAGCGGUGCAGAAGUGGACCCCCGUAUCCUCACCACCUGGGGCCUGUUGGUGAGGAAGUCGCUGAUCCAGGAGCAGAGCGAUGGUGCCAAACCCACAAGAUUCGUCCGGGAGAACAGUGUUAAACGCUGAACUAAAGUCCACAAACAGCAUCCUGACGUAGGUGUUUGGAUGCUGCAGGUGAGUCAGGGUCAGGGUGUGAAGUGCUAAUGAGACAGCAUCCUCCGUAGAGCGGUUCUCCCUGUAGGUGAACUGCAGGCUGUCCAGGCCCGCAGGGAUGGCGUCUUUGAUGUACUUCAGGAGGAUCCGCUCAAAGCACUUCAUUAUGACUGGGGUCAGGGCGACAGGACGGAAGUCACUGAGACAGAAGAAGUGAAUAUUGUUACACUUUUCGGUGAACUGAGAAGAGGAAGAAGAAGAAGAAGAAGAACUGUGUGUAUUUUAAUUUAUUGAUGUAAAUGAAACAUGAAGAGAAGAUGACACACUGUGGAUUUUUCCUCUCCUAAACCUGCAGCGUCAUGAACUCCAGCAAACGCACAGACAGUGUGAACGAGGCCGUGAUGAAGAACUUCAUCGUCUUCAUCUUCAGCACCAGCAUCAACUGCAUCAACGGAGCCUUUGUUUACAUCUACUUCCAGAGCGAGGUCUUCAGGCGAGAGCCCAGGUACGUGCUCUUCGUCCACCUGGUGAUCAAUGACAUGAUCCUGCUGACGCUGUCUGUGAUGAUGCAGAUUCUGACCUACACCACCACCAUCUCUGUAGCUCCCUGCUGCCUCAUACUGGUCAUGUUGAUCACCACCUCCAAUAACAGCCCUCUGAACCUGGCCGGCAUGGCAGUUGAGCGUUACGUUGCCAUUUGCCGACCUCUUCACCACGUUCAGGUUUGCACGGUGCGGCGAGCCUACGCUCUGAUCGCACUGAUCUGGGGCACGUCCCUCAUGUUGGGCCUCGCAGACCUCGUCAUCCUCUUUGCAACGCAGCCUCUCUCUCUCUUCUCAAGAAAACUCCUCUGUUAUAAAAUGUUCAUCUUCAACACUCCGUACCACAAGACUCUCUCUGAGGUUGUUCAGGUCCUUCUAUUUUCCUUUGUCUCCCUGACUUUGAUCGUCACAUACCUGAAAGUCUUCCUUGUGUCCCGCGCCGCUUCCAGAGCCGCCAAGGCCUCGGCCAGAAACGCCUGCAACACCAUCCUGCUGCACGGCAUCCAGCUCUUCAUCUGCAUGUUUUCAUACCUCUAUCCGCUCAUCGUCCUGGCUCUACUCACCGCUUGGCCUCGCAACCGAACCACCAUCCUCACCGUGGCCUUUCUGUUCUUCAUUGUGCUUCCACGUCUGCUCAGUCCGCUCAUCUAUGGCAUCAGAGACAAGAAGUUCAGCAGCCAAAUCAGGCAGCACUUAUUCCAAUGCUGCAAAGUCGUAGAGAAGAAGAAAUGCUCCAGUAACACUGUGUCGUGAGUUCUGCAGGUUUUAGUCCAUGAUCUACAAACUGAAUUGAAAUGAGCAGACAAUAG